AUGCCGUCUGUGCUGCUGCUAUUGCUGGUGUCGCUCUGCGGCUGUUCGAUUGUGUCGACGGAAUUCGUCCCAAGACAGAAAACAGGCGAACUACCGUUAUGGGACCAGGAGGACCUGUGUGGCAUCCCGAAUGAGGUCACACCAGGCAUUUGCCUUCCGCCGGCUGAUUGUGCCGCCUAUGGAAAGAUCAACAACGCAUCUAGCGUCAUAUCGAUCGAGCGGCUCAGCUUCAUCAAGCAGAUCCAGUGCAACAGUUCAUCUGCGGUACUACGUGUGUGUUGUCCGAGUUCCACUGAAUCGUACUUCAAGCCCGAGAUUAAAGCGAAAAUGGGUGGAAAGAAACGCGAAGCGCACCAGCUUACGUCAGAUGACGACUCCUGCGGCAAACAAUCGUACAUAGAGGAUAUAAAUGGUGGAGAGCUGGCUGAGAUCGACGAGUCCCCGUGGAUGGCGCUGUUGUGGUAUGUUCGAGGUCACAGUCAGCCGCAUCCAAAAUGUGGCGGGUCACUGAUAAGUCGCACUUUCGUUAUUACGGCGGCUCACUGCGUGACGGGUCGCAUGUUUUAUGAGAAUUAUGGAAAGCUAGCGUUUGUGCGAUUGCGUGAGUACAACAUCCACUCCGACCCUGACUGCGUGAACGAAAACGACUGGAUGAACUGCUCGGAUGGCUUGAUUGACCUAACGCCGAAGGACGUGAUCCCGCACCCGAUGUUCGAUAGUGAGUCCAAAAGCAAAGAUAACGACAUCGCACUGAUCCGGAUCGAUGAGACGCCACCGUUCAAUAAGUUUCUGCGCUCGAUUUGCCUCCCUGAACAGAGCUACGAGGACGUCGAGUACGGUAACAAACAACUAAAAGUGCACGGUUUCGGACGCACGGAUUUGUUCGCGAAAGAGCUGGGAUCAGACGUGAUGAGUCCGAUUAAACUGAAGCUCAAUCUGAAGUACAUGGACAGGGAGCAGUGCAAAAAGUGGUUGGGGUUGAGGCGGUUUGUUCUCAAACCGGGCCAAUUGUGUGCUGGUGGUGAACCAGGCAAGGAUACGUGUAAGGGCGAUAGUGGGUCACCGUUAGUGAGCAAUGAUAAACAGCGCGGAGUUUGGAAUCUCGUCGGCAUUGUAAGCCUAGGGUCGAUGAACUGCAGCAAGGGCCUGCCUGCGGUCUACACGGACGUGCACCACUAUCUGAACUGGAUCCGGGAGACUGUUGAGGCGUUUAAGUAGGUCAUAGAUAUGCUUCGUUUAGUAGACCAUAGACCUUCGAUAACUUAAGCUCGGUUUGAACUUUCCUGGUUUGGAUCCCGUGGAGGUACGACCGUUAGUCCGACUUUCGUAAUGCAAGGACACUGAUAUCCUUGGGUGGUGUGUGACCGAAGGUCGUUGAGUUUGCUGCCGAUUACGAUUCCGGAUCAUCGGAAAAUAGGUCACAUCCUAGCGGGAAUCAAAGCACACGGCGGUUGGAAGCUUUCACAUUACAUAACGAAUAGUUCAGCAACGUAGCCAACGUUGUCGUUAUGCAACAUACUUCACUUCGAAUGUCAGAUGUAGGCCCGUUUUAAAUGCCGUUAGCUCUGUAGAUUUUAGUAGAAUCAUUUUUUUCAUGGUUCUUGGUUACGGCUUAGUACUGAAUAAAGUUAGGCAUCAUUUUUUGUCUCAUCGAUUCGCACAUCAACGCUAGAAUAAAGUGAACAAACUUGUCGAUUUUUCAG